AUGAGUAGCAGAGAGUAUAAGAAAGCCGUAGGCAGAAACAAUGCUUUCGAAGGAAACUUACAGAAGAACUUGGAUGACAUCGAAGGCCAAAGGAAUCGUUUUAUCCGUUCGCAGAGGGAAAAGAAGUUGAAAUUCAUACAUAAAGUAUCGUCACUACCAAAGCUUCGUCUUCCGCUGCGUAAUGCGACCGAGGAAAACAUAGCUAAAAGUCCUGCAGCAGUUUCUCGACAUCUCUCUCUAGAUGAUUCGACUCUGAGCGAGCUUCAUGAAAAACGAUUAGCUGCAGAGAAAAGGUUUUCUAUACCAUGUUUGACAACAUCUUUUACAGUAACACCAGACAGCAGCGCUUUAAAGAGGCUUGGAAGCGGGCGAGAAGCCAAUAACCUUGGGACUGUUUCCUUAGAACCCCACGCCAUUUUGACCAAGUCACCGCAAACGCGAAGAAUCUUGUUAGAUCGACAGCUAUCGUUGCCAGAAUCAUUGAAUACAGCUGUCGAAUCAGGUCAUAGCCUUAGCGAUGGUAUGACUGGUGGUCAGAAUGUCCCGCGCAUUUCAGAAGUGGGUGCCCGGCGAAAUCUGAUGGUUUCUGCACCGUUUGUCUCUCUGGGAACACAGCUCCCUCACUCGCCUCUCUUGCAGAGAAAGCAGCGUUCCAUGUCUUUGGAUCCUACUGAUCUAGGACAGCAGCAGCAGAGUGUAUCGUUGCCUGGUUCGCCUUGUUUUCGUCGGCGCCGUGCUCAGACGUGGAACCCAGAAAAUCAACAGUGGAAAGAAGUGCGUGCAGAACUGGGGAGACUACGUUCAUUGGGUAUUAACAGUGAGGAAACCUCUAUAGCUGGACAAAAACGGAUUGAGUCUAGUUUUGGACAGUUAAAUUUAGUCGAGUCAAUUCAAGGACAGAAGGAUGUGUCCGGCGCAGAACUGUGUAUGAGCCAACCCGCGAGAUCCGAGGAUGCUGCAGUGAACGCCUUGAAGAAUGGAAUUUGCAAACCCAGUGGUAAAGUAAGUUGUUUAACAUUUGUAACGGAAUAUUAAGAACGCAUAUCCCCAAAACGGCGGCUUCUGGAUCCUGUCUAAAAAAUUCCUUGAAGAAUUCAGAUGAGCUCAAUUUGGAAGCCGAUUUCUUUCUGGUGUGCUUUUAAAUCCGGUUCGACUCCACAGUGAUGGGUCUUUGCAGCCUUCGCCAGUUCAAUGAGUGAUUUUGUUCCAAACGACAUACGUCCUCCCUGUAAUCCAUGUCAAGUCAGCAAAAAUUUGCAUACAUGCAUAACAGUUCAAAUGGGAUUGCUUUUUUAACAGUAGCUCUGCGUUAUAACAUGGUUUUUACUUGAAAUUUUUGGUUUAUAGUCCUAAACGUUUCUAAAAGUGGCGAGAUGUUGUUUGUUCUAUUGGACAGGUCCGCUGCUUAAAAUUCUACCACUUAAAUGCUUGGCUUCUUAAAAUAGUUUUACUUUUGUGGAGUACAGUACACCUUGCUGCCUGGUGCCACCUUACUUCUCAGAUAUGGCUGGGUGUCUCAUAACUCAGUAAUGAACGAUACUCUAUGCCCUUCCACAAACACCCAACGGCGGUUGUUUGGUUACUAAGCAGCACUAUAGUUUGGCAUGGAAUAAACUUUUACAAGCGUACCCUCCAGCCACCCCGCGCGCGCGCUGAGUGUAUACUUUUUACGUAUUGAAGAGGCUUCUUUGAAGCAUCAAUUGCAUGUUGAUCAUGAUUUGCAUUGAACACGGGUCUAAAUAAGUUUGUAAGUUUUUGAAUCUAAAGCGUUUACAGCUUCCGCUCUGAGGAUCAUGGUAAAAGGUCUCCAGAGCAGAUAGGUUUGCAAAGGGAUUUGCAUCGUGAAUGUCUUGUGGACUGCUGGAAACAUUUAAGUUUGUAACAGGGUGGUUACAAAAAAAAAAUCAUUUAUAUAUGUGAACUGCGGAGUGAAUAAUUAAAUGAAGGAUUGUCAUGGCAGUUACAUACUCAACUUUUGCAGUUGCAAAAAGAAAGCCUGAAAAAAAUUCAGACUUGUACGGGAUUCGCACCCUUAUUUCUGCGAUACCGGUGCUGCGCUUUACCAGUUAAGCUAACAAGCCAGCUGGGAGCAGGUUGUUGAUCGAAUUGGUUCGUUAUAAACCCGUUAAAGGAUGAUGAUGAAGUGAACUUAUGAGCACAAACCCAGUUCUAGCCGACAAUGAUUAUAAUGAUUAUUCGAAUAACUCCAAUCGUGUUGAAAAUUUUGCUUGGACACUACUUGAUAUCAAAAAUUCGAGCACGAGUUUAACCCUUAUACACUUCAAACAAAAUAUCAGGUACGUCAAAAGUCAGAAUCUCGAAAAAAAAACAAACUAGCACCGUGUGAAAGUUCUGACUAAGAGAAGAUUCAUUUGAAAUGAUACGUAUUCACCAGUAAGAAAUGUCCACAGACUCCAAACUUAGAGUGCAUUUUUCUCCAUAUUUUAUUUUAUGAUUUGAAAAACAAAAUUAAUUGAUUUUAGCGGGCUUUUUUAGAUUUGAAGCUUUUUCAUCCAGAAAAUUUUGCAGCAAUAAAGACAAAUUAGAGACAACACAUUUUUGUACAUUCAAUAGGAAAAGUUUACAUAAGAAAUUUAAGAACUUACUCUGAAUAAAGUGAAUAAUCAUUCAUAAAGAUAAUUCAUAUCUUCAAUCCAUUGUACACUCACUCAAAGGUUGUUUUGCCGAUUUUGACACUAUUGUUCUGGUAACAAAAGCAGACUUAAAACCUAAGUCUUAAUGACUUCUGAUCUAUGCUUAUAUACCUCAUAUAAACAAUUCGACUAGAGUUAUUUGCUGCAAUAAAUUAGCCACGAAGCAUAAAUGUGUGGAUCCAUGUAACCACGAGAGCCGGCAAAAGUUCAUCAUGGCUCACGGUUAUUCCUUUCAAGAGCUAGCUAAAAAAGACGCGAUAUACAUUGAUAAAGUAAAGAAAGCCUUGGAUAAAAAUUCAACCUACGAUAUUGAACUAAAGAAAUCGUUGUCGUGUCUACAGAAAGAGCGAAGGAGUUUUAUUAAUACCUUGAGCAAGGAGAAGCUCGAUUUCGUAAAAAGGAAAUGCAAACUGCCAUCUAUCCGCCUUGCUCAAUCUGGUCGUGAAAGAGAAAAUGCGCAGACAAAAAUUGCCGAGUUUUGUUGUGAUGUGUGGUCAAAGGACGCUUUAAAACGGCGUGCCGACUCCCCAGUAUCGGAAUUAAGAUGCAGCAGCUCGGCCUCCAGCAAAGAUAUGAACUCAUUUCUUCGUGAAAAGAGCGUUCUUUCCGAAAGUGGUUCUACAAUAAAAAGGAAUGGUUCCUUAGACCAACCACGGAUUGCCUGGCUCUCAAAAGACGCGGAAAACAAAGGCUCUGCCACCGAUCGAACUAACUCGCCGUCUUUAGAUUAUCCGCCUCAACGUUCAUCACCCUCACCUCAUUCACUAUAUUUUCGUUCGCUUGAACAAACAGAUCUAGAACGGUGUCGUUCGCUUCCCGGCUCACCUUGUGGCAGGCGACGGGCUAACACGUUGGACACUCCAAGAAACUUGUUUCAUGCUAAGAGUUUUGAUAACCUGAAGAAGCCUGUAGAGCGCUCACAGUCUACACCGUUACGAGAUCCAAGGCCUCGCGCCGAAUCGACACCUCCUGAUUUUGAGGUAAGUCUUUUUUGUGAGAAAGCUCUGACUCUUACCAGAGAACAAACAGAAGGACAGGACUGAAGUUUAUGCAUCAACUGGAAGGCUAAAGGCAACAUGAUUAGAUCAUGACGGGUUAAAAUUGUCUGAUCUUAGCAGACAUUCGUCACUGAGCGAAAACGCUGGUGUUAUCUUCUUGUCGUACAAUUCAGCGAGUAAUCAGGCGAGUACAAUGCGUUUAAAUGUCAAUUUACGUGCCCUGUUUAAAACCUUUGCCUGGAAUUGUGCGAUACGAAUUCCUAUCACCAAUCAAUUGUGUCAGUAAAAGAAUGAGGAGGGUGUGAAUGGGGUUUAGUGUUUAGUGUUAUUUGCCCCAAAGUUUUAGUGUUUGCUGUUAAAUUGGUCAAUUUUUUUAAUGUUUACUGUUUCUGAAGAAAAUACUGGUAAGUGUUUGGAGGGUUCUUCGGACAUCUUCGGCAGUGGUCGGACCUCUUCGUUAGUCUUCGGAAAUCUUCGACAAUCUUCGGUAGCCUUUGGAAAUCUGAAAUAAAUUGUUGUCAAAUGGCCGAAAACUCUUGAUAUACUAAACAAGAUAAUAUUGGUCUUUUUGGAGCCGUUUUUGCUUUUUUCUGGAACAAAUUAACAUUUUCGAACAAUUUUUUACUGUUGGUUAAAAUGCCUAAAAUUUAACUGUUUCAUGUUAUAAAGCCAAAAAAUGAGGGCAUCUCAGUUUUGGAAUAUUUAUUAGAGUAUUGUACAAAACGAUUGUUAUUACAUCAGCUUACAGCUUCCUUAAUUCGUUUAGUAAGAUGUUUCCUUUAAUUCAGUGCUAUCCAUCAGAAGAGCAUGUUUUUUAAUACUUGAAUUGAGGUUCAGUUAAUUUUCCACCUACCUCUCGAUUACCUCGCUCGGGGCAUUGCCCGUAAUACAAAUAAAAACAGCUAGUAAACCAUCAAAAGGGCUGUUAUUUAGCUUCAAUGGUGUCAAACCCGUAAGAAAACAUUUCUACAUAGUCUUCCACCCCCUUACAGUGUGGGGAAGGCUGGCAUUUUAGACUAUUUUCACGGAUAAAAAGUUGCCCAUUUGUUUGGUUACUGGCCGUUGUUUGAACUUUCUAAAAAAAAAUCAGAUCCUACCAAAGUUCUCCUUUAAAGAUUUUUAUAGCCAGCAUCAUGAGCUUUCUGGGCAGUCUCUUAACAUGACGUUAUUCGGUCUAACGUGAAAUUUGCGGAAGAUGCAUUUGCUGCGUAUUAAACAAAAGUUCCUUCGGCCUCAUUAAUUAUUUCGCGUGGCCUUUGCCGGCGUUUCGUCACCGAAAUUUAUCGACAGUGAAGGCCUGGAAAAGCGUUGUAUAGGGAAAGAGCAUUCAGCGAAACAGUGGCUCAACCAGCUUUGAUUUUCUCUAUCUCCUAAGCUGUUCUAGUGUGGCGCGCGCCUAGAGCAGGGGGUAUGGAGACUAGGUCUGGCUGUCUUCUGAUGGUGGCUCUGCGUUAAACCUUUAAGUUGCCACAAACAAUCAAAAACAACAUUUCCGCUACGAAGCCCCCGGAUUUAUAUGAGGAGCAAUACAAUUAUGAUGACUAAAUGUUUGAUAAAUACUGAUUUAUUUCUUAACUUGGCCACUUAUUAAUUAUUAUUUGUUGCAUUCAAGGAGGUAAACAAUUCGUUGACGUCACCGCGAGCCCCUCUGUCACCUCGGAUAAGACGGUUGCGGCUGGCAUCUUUUCAUGGUACAGGAGCUGGCCAGUCAGAAGGUUCUCAAGAUGUUUCACUCGAGCCCCGCUUACCAAGGCUUCAAGACUCACGGGGAUCUCUACCGGGAUCAUCGAGAGAAGGACAAGAAAGGCAGAAACGUCGAAUUUACGGCAUGGCCCCAGAAAAAUUUGCCAUCGAGUUAUCUCCUCGGAAGGAAGCACUAAGCCAUCCAAAUAUUUCACCCAAACUUGUGGACAGGCAGCAUCAUCCUGCCGGUGUCGUGGGAAAGGAGUGUUUCAACGGACGAUCUACAAAAACUGAUUUUGCUAAAGAAGAAGGAGAAUUUGGAGAAACCCCAGUAGUGCAAGGUGACGGUCAAUUUGGGUGGUAUACCAAUGAUGAUAAUCAGGAGGCGAGUGGCAGUGACGAAGGCGAAAACGAAGAAAACCCGUUCACUUUCCAAUUUAAUGAAAAGAAGAUUCACUCUAUGGAAGAGAUUCAAUACACCCGCUACCUACGUAUGAAAUCUCCGAAUCACUGGCUGCCAAAGAUGGGAAAAGUUCCGCUAAAUUUGCUUUCGUCGGCCAUCAUUGUCGGGCACACAAGGUUACCUUACGAAACUGUGUCUUCUAACCAAGGCGAAGAAGAAGAUGAAGGUGAAGAUGAACAGAAUAACGUUGAAGAGAAAGGCAGUUCCAAGACUGGAGAUGAUGUUAAGGAGUCACAGAAAGUGAAAACAGAAAACGAGGAGUUUGAAGACAACAAAAUUGACCUCGAUUACUCAAAAAAUUAG